AAACCGAACUUCUACUGGACGCCAGGAGAACGAGGCUUCGUCGAAUCGGCCUUCUUCUACGGCUACAUGAUAACGCAAAUUCCCGGUGGCGCAAUAGCGACAAUCUUCCCUGCGAAUCGCCUCUUCGGCAUAGCUGUUGGAGGGAGCGCGUUGUGCAACCUCCUGGUGCCGGUCGCUUGCAAGGGCUCCUACGGCGUGGUGGCGUUCAUCCGGGUUCUUCAAGGCCUUGUUGAGGGGACAUCAUAUCCAGCGUGUCAUGGUAUUUGGCGUUAUUGGGCUCCACCGAUUGAACGGUCUCGACUGGCCACUACUGCCUUCUGUGCCACCUUGGGGCUGAUAUGGUUCGGUGUCUGGUGGAAGACCUCCUACGAGAAGCCGUCAACGCACCCGAAAAUCUCGGCCGAGGAACGUGACUACAUUGAAGAGUCAAUUGGCGAAGUCGACAUACCUCCAAGUCUCACCAACCUUAAAACCACCUUCAGCGGAAAUAAAAGUGCUCUAAAGACAGUUUUGGCGCGAGCUCCACGGAGUAGACUCGGCAUGCACUUAAGGGCUACGGUGCCUCUCACACUUUGGGGUGGCAGCUUUCGGACAGGUGCGGACGACAACAACAACAACAGCAGCAUCCACGACCACCACUACUACCACCACGGAUAA